CACCAAUACACAUUAGAAUCAAAAAUCUCGAAAGGCAAAACAAAUAAACAAACAAACAAUGAAGAAACAGCUACUCCUCGUCGUAGCCGCCGUCGCCCUCGCCCUCAUCCAGACCACCCGGGCCGGGGACCCGGACAUCCUGACCGACUACGUCAUCCCGCCCAACACCCCGGCCCCGGUGGAUGGGGGGUUCUUCACCUUCACCGGGAUGCGGGCCCUCGUCUCGUCCCCGUUCCCUUCAACAUUCAAGGUGUUCAAGGCCGGCAUGGAGCAGUUCCCCGCCCUGAACGGGCAGAGCGUCUCCUACGCCGUCCUGAUGUACCCCUCGGGCACGGUGAACCCGGUCCACACGCACCCGCGGUCGGCCGAGCUCCUCUUCCUCGUGCAGGGGACCCUCGAGGUUGGGUUCGUCGACACCACCAACAAGCUCUUCACCCAGAGCCUCCAGCAAGGCGACGUUUUCGUGUUUCCCAAAGGGCUGGUGCACUUCCAGUACAACGCCGACGCCAAGAAUCCGGCCGUCGCCAUGUCCGCCUUCGGGAGCGCCAAUGCGGGGACUGUUUCGUUGCCCAACACGCUGUUUAACUCCACCAUUGAUGACACUGUUUUGGCUCUGUCGUUCAAGACUGAUGUUGGCACCAUUCAGAAGCUCAAAGCUGGCUUGAAGGGAUAGAGAUAGUGUGUGUUGUGUGUGUGUUUCUUCAUUUCUUUGUCGAAUAAUUGGAUUGCAGAUCUGUUGCAUUGUCUCUGUUGUAUACAUUUGAUGAUUUCUUAUAAAAGCCCUAUUGGUAUACGGAGACCAUAUGAAUGAAAUAAGAUAC